AUGGCUGCCAACAGGGUCCAUUCAAGUAUUUCCAUCGCGAGUGUUUCCAAAGGCAGCAAGCACAUCAAAUGUGAAUAUGCCUCCAGAACUGACGCAUGGAUUCGUGCCUCCCUCGACCCGGGUGUCCAGAAAGAUUUUGUCGACGCUUUAGAAAAGGCCGAUAUCCCUGAUGAAGCUAGUGUCGCCAUCUUAACCUACCUGCUAGAAGGAAUAUAUGCCUGA